UCAGUCGCUGCUGCCGCUGCGUCCACCCAAACAAACAUGAGCUGUAGCAACAGCACCUGAGCUGUCAGCACAACCUGCUCCCCUGCCUCAUCCCAAAUGUGAAAUUACAGCACUGCUCGGGAUAUCGAUGCAAAAAUGGAAGUUAAGCAUGACCGCCUGUCAGAGGAGCCUUACGAUCAGCUGAAAGUGAAAACGGGACCGAGGGAGACGCCUCAGAACCCAGCCCGAGGGGCUUCUCCUAACUUAUACAGUGCGGCAAAGAAAAAGGAUUAUACUGUGUCAGUCUAUCUCAAUAACAGGGGAAAGAGCGAGCAUUCACAGCAGAAAUGCAUCGUGGGUUUUGCUCUCGUGUGCUGUUUCGCUAUCUCUGUUGCUCUGAUAUUUUCAGCUGUGGAUAUUCCAGGCAGCGGCGGUGACAUGGAAGACAUUACCGAGGAUAACUGCAAUAGGAAUUGCCGGGUUCAUCUUGUUGAAAAUAUUCCAGAUGAGCUGGACGAUACCGCCAACACCACAAAGCACAUUUCCUUGUUUCAGGGCUGGAUGGACUUGCUGGAUGCUGCAUUGCACGGUGUUGAUAUUGUCUCUUCCAAAUGGGCUCUAAGAAAUGGUCGUCUGGACCAAAACCAUUCACUAAGCCACUGGGGUGAGAAUAUAUUUGAGAAGCUGCAGGAAUUGAAGACUCGUAACGUUGGCCUGAGAAUCCCGAUUAAUAAAUUCCAAUUUGGAUCCCAGGAUGUGACAAAUCUGAAAGUGAAUGGUGCACUGGUGAAAUACAUCAAUAUGACUCCUAUUAUUGGUGGUGAGCUUCGUUCUUCCUUUUGGGUGGUGGACAGGAAGCAUAUCUACAUUGGCAGUGCCCACAUGGACUGGCGCUCUCUUUCGCAGAUGAAAGAGUUGGGUAUCAUCAUGUACAACUGCAGCUGCCUUGGCUUAGACCUGCACAAAGUCUUCUCUGUGUAUUGGCAGCUAGAGUACCGAGACUCUCCACCUGAGAUUUGGUCAAAGAAGCUGUUCGGUAUUUCCAGCAUGCAUUCUCCCCUCAAGCUACAGCUGAAUGGGCUUGAAGCCAAUGUCUAUCUGGCUGUAAGCUGUCGAGGAGUUAUCCGGGGCCCUGGCAGUAAUUUCCAAAUCUUCUCUGGCUACAGGUACUGGCCUCUGAUAGAUAAUGGCCUGCGGGAAGCUCUCUUUCUGCGGAGAGUGAGGGUGCGAAUGUUGGUCAGCUGCUGGAAGGGAACAUACUUACCAAUGCUCAACUUCCUGUGGUCCCUGAAAAUGUUCUGCAGUGAGCCCAUCAACUGCAGCUUCGAAGUGAAAUAUUUUGGAAUCCCUGCUUCUGAAGGGAAUGAGAAGGUCUCAUUUCCAAGCAUCAAUCGCAACAAAUACAUGGUGACUGACAAAGCAGCAUAUAUCAGUACCUCUGACUGGGUUGGGGAUGACUUUGUGGAAAACACAGGUGUGAGCCUGGUCAUUGAACACAAACAGAGCAGGAGAUGGCCCAGCAAGGCCACAGUUCUCGAUGAGCUAAAGGCGGUGUUCGAGAGAGACUGGAACUCCAAAUAUGCCAAAAAUUUGGAAAUAAAUACCUUUCCAGAAUGCCUGAAACUUAAAACAUAUAAACAGAAACCAUCUUCAUUUAAUCAGGGGUGAAUCAAUACUGUUGUUUUGAGAUGUGUGAUUGAGGGAAGAAAGAACGUGAUCAGAUGGACUGGAAGUUUUCACUUUGAGUUUGAAUCAAAGGUAGCCAUCAUACCUGAUCCACUUUAUCAAGAAAAAAACAAAUAUUCAAUUGAUAGUAAUCUUUCAAUGGCUUCGAGUCAGUCAACAGUAACCACUCCAUCCCUGACCCUAUGAUUUUUUUUUUAUUCAUUCAUGGGAUGAGGGUGUCACU